AUGCAUAUCGAAUUCGGUAUUGCCACCGUCAUCGGGUUGUUGGCCUCGCCCAUCUUGGCUGGGCUUCUUCCUUCGGCCGCGGCGGUGGCUGCUUGCAUCGAGCUUAGCCUAGUUUUGCCAGCUCAGGUCUACUUUCCCAACUUACCCGGCUAUGACCAACUGAACGAGUACUGGUCCAACCGCCAGGAUGACCUCACCCCUACAUGCAUCAUCACCCCCGACAGCUCCACAGCCGUGUCUAAAGCCCUCAAGUCCAUCCGCACAUGGAAGGCUCCUUUCACCGUGAAAUCCGGCGGCCAUGUGCCCUUCCCCAGCUCCAAUAUCGAAGACGGCAUCGUCAUUGAUCUCGUUAACCUAAACACCCUGCAGCUCUCCAAUGACAAGUCCGUCGUUUCCGUGGGCCCUGGCCUCCGAUGGAGGGACGUUGCCAAUUUUCUUCUACCUGAGGGCCUCGCUGUUGUUGGCGGCCGUGUGGGUGAUAUUGGCGUGGGAGGCUUUACUCUUGGUGGCGGUAUUUCGUGGUUCUCGGGACGCUAUGGCUGGGCGUGUGACAAUGUGCGCACCUACGAAGUCGUGCUAGCGAAUGGCACCAUCGUCACAGCUACAUCCACCCAGAAUGCUGACCUCUACAAAGCCCUUCGUGGCGGUGGUGGCCCUAAUUUUGGUAUCGUCACUCGAUUUGAUCUAGAGACCUUCGAACAGGGCGAUAUCUGGUACAAGGAGUCUCUGUAUGCUGCCACCUCUACCAACGAUGUUAUCGAGCAGUUCUGCGACACCUCAGUCAACGGAAUCGCCGCUGACGUUGACGGCCAUCCCGUCAUGUUUGCUGCCUAUCAGCCCGCCCUCGGCGGUGUCGUCACUCAGGUCUUCCGCUGGCAUGCAGUGCCCCCCUCGGACCCUGCCUCCGUCCCCGCAGUCUUCCAGCCAUUCGAGGCGAUCCCCGACCUCCAGAACAAAAACGCCACGCUCACCGUGUCAGCAAUGCUGGACGUCUAUCCCGACCCUGCCGGAUUCCGCAAGGGUUGGUGGGACACCUCCAUCUCUGCCGAUGCCCCCGAGGUUCUCCAGCAAGUCAUUGCCAACUACGGUACGUGGGUAGCAAACAACUUUGCCGACAAGCCUGAGGUCGUCGCUGUCCUCCUCAUCCAGCCCGUCGCCCUCUCGACGAUCCAACACAUGCAGAAGAAUGGCGGGAACAGUCUUCACCUCUCUCCCUCAAUCGGCGCCCAGAUGAAGAUCAACACGUACAUUACCUGGUCCAAUGCCAGCCUGGAUGCCUUUGUCGAGAAUUCCGCGACUCAACUCGUCAGCGAGACGGAACAGCUUGCUAUUGAUGGUGAUGCAUUUGACGGUGGCUUCCGUUAUAUGAAUUACGCAGAGAGGACUCAGGACGUUUAUGGUCGUUACGGGGCUGGUGCUUUGCCCGAGCUCCAAGCCGCGGCUGCCAAGUAUGAUCCUCAGCAGGUUCUAAAGAAGCAGUGGAAGGGGUAUUUCAAGGUCUAA